GGGAAGGGAAAAAGUGGACUAAAUCCAGCGCAUCUAAGUCAAAACGGCUUUACUAUAAAUAUGCUCAUUUUCUUUUCUAGUGGAUCAAUUCAAUUCAACCACAUCGAUCAUUAGAACAAUUAUAACAACUACAUCUCCUUCACCCUUUACCCUAAAGGUUUCAAUCCCAUCAUGUCAUUCUCAUGUGUCAAGAAAAUUUUCAAGAGGUUUUGGGAUGAUGAAUUCCAAACUGAUCUCUUGCCAUCUCUUGGAGCAAGAAUCAACCAAGAAAUUGAACUAAGGAGAUACAUAAUCUCCCCCUUCAAUCCAAAGUAUAGGACUUGGGAGACGUGGUUGAUAGUUCUAGUGAUUUAUUCUGCAUGGAUAUACCCCUUUCAAUUCGCAUUUCUGACUUAUAAGAUUGACACACUAUUCAUCAUAGAUAACAUUGUGAAUGGUUUCUUUGCCAUUGACAUAGUGAUGACAUUCUUUGUUGCAUAUCUUGAUGACCAUUCUUACCUUCUUGUUGGUGAGCCUAAGAAAAUUGCGGUCAGGUACUUAUGUACCUGGUUUAUCUUUGAUGUUUGUUCAACUGCACCUUUUCAAUCUAUUAGCUCGUUAUUCACCCAUAAUAGCAGCGAGAUUGGAUUCAAAAUUCUUAACAUGCUUCGGUUAUGGCGUAUCAGACGAGUCAGUUCUCUGUUUGCAAGACUUGAGAAAAACAUUCACUACAAUUACUUUUGGACUAGGUGCUUGAAGCUCGUUGCUGUGACCUUGUUUGCAGUACACUGUGCUGGAUGCUUAAACUAUUUAAUUGCAGAUAGGUACCAUGAUCCCAAAAGGACAUGGAUUGGUGCUGUGUACCCAAAUUUUAAGGAAAUGAGUCUUUGGGAUAGAUAUGUGACAUCAAUGUAUUGGUCAAUUGUGACACUAACUACAACUGGAUAUGGAGAUUUACAUGCUAAUAACACUGGUGAGAUGCUGUUUGACAUUUUCUACAUGUUGUUCAACUUGGGAUUAACAGCUUAUAUCAUUGGAAACAUGACAAAUCUUGUUGUUCAAUGGACAAGUCACACCAGAAAUUUUAGAGAUACAGUCAGAGCAGCUUCAGAAUUUGCAACAAGAAAUCAUCUGCCUCAUGAUAAACAAGAUCAAAUAUUAUCAUAUUUAUGUUUGAGAUUCAAAACAGAAGGAUUAAAGCAGCAAGAAACAAUAAAUUGUAUGCCGAAAGCAAUUCGCGCAAGCAUUACACAUCAUUUGUUUUUUCCUGUUGUUCAGAAUUCAUACCUCUUCCAAAGAGUUUCACAUGACUUUCUUUUUCAACUGGUUACAGAAAUGGAAGCAGAGUAUUUUCCACCAAAAGAAGAUGUUAUACUACAAAAUGAGUCUCCAACAGAUCUUUACAUGUUGGUUUCAGGAGCAGUGGAACUCAUUCAUAAUGUCAAUGGUCGUGAUCAAGUUUUGAAGACGGACAUAUGUGCCGGAGAUACAAUCGGAGAGAUUGGAGUUUUAUACAAUAGACCACAACCUUUCACUGUUAGGACCAAAAAGCUUUCACAAAUUUUAAGACUUGGCAGAACUACAUUGAUGAAUGCCCUUCAUGCAAAUCCAGAAGCAGCACCAAUUAUCAUGACAAAUCUUUUUAUGAAGUUAAAUGGACAAGAAGAUUUGGGUUUUGAAUAUCAACCAAUAGACACUAAAUUGGCUCUUCAUGGCAUGCAUGAUGUGAACCAUACAAUUGCAAAUUCAUGUCUUGAAUGUACAAAAAAUUCACAUAAAUUAUUGUAUGAGAUGAUACCAAACAUGGUUCAAAACCAGCCAGAACAAGAAGAAAAUGAAAAGAAUCUAAGUCCUGUUAGAUGGAAACAGAAAGCAAUAAUAGAAAAGCAACAAAACAAGAGUCAUGAAAAUGGAAAGAAAUUAGAUGAACAUAUAAUAGAGUUUAAGGAGACAGAUGUUAGGAGUGACCAAAUAUCUUUAGGAACAAGUAAUCAUCCAAUUGAGAGAAAAAAAGCAAUUUUUGCCAAUAAGAGAGUUACCAUUCACUAUUUAGGCCAAGACAAAGCUACCUUACAAGGAAAACAUGGAAAGUUGAUAAUUCUACCUGAUUCAUUGGAAGAGCUUCUCAAGAUUGUUGGAGAAAAGUUUGGAGGGCCAAAGCCGAACAAAAUAAUGAACGCGGAGAAUGCAGAGAUAGAUGACUUGUGUGUCAUUCGAGAUGGUGACCAUCUGUUUUUUCGUUGCAGCGACAGUGAAUUUUUGAGCUAAUAGUUUAGAUAUAAAACUAGCAUGUAAUAUUCAGGUACACGCAGAUUACAUAUAAUACCAUUGGAGAUAUUGAUGGUAAAUUGGUAAUCUCUUUCUUUUAUGCAACAAUUUUGAAAAUGUAUACAAAUGAAAGAUACAUUAUUUAUACUCUACAAAGGUGCAUGAUGUGGCAAGGAGUUGUUAACUUUGCUUAUGUGGCAAGGUUUAAUUAGCUUCUUAAGCAAGUUACUUGUAUCUCAAGUAACAUCUUCAGUCUUUCUUAACUGUCCCCCACAAGUUUGGGCUUGGUAAAUUUCGACCAUGCCUAGCUUGGCUUAGGAUGAAGUGGAUUGAGAAGAAGUUAGCUGCUUGCUCAAAGUCUAACUAUCCCUUCUUGAAAUUUGUCUCGAACACAAUGACGAUAUGUUUUAAGAUGUUUAGUCCUUUCGUGGAACAGAGGGUUGACAGACAACUAUCUGAAGAGCAUUUCAUGUUGUGGUCAUUGUUUAUUAGAUUAGUUCGUAGAUCAUUGUAAUUUGUGUCUGCUGCGUUUGCUCAGCUGUUGUUGGCUGGUUGCAUAUCAUUUACAGGUGGCUGGUGCAUUUCAGCCUUGUUGUCAAAUUGGAGCCGGAAUUCAUUACAUCUGUGUAGAGGUUCGCAGGCGUGUUGGUGUUAGGUUGAUGGUUGUUUGCGCUGGUUUUAGUGUUAGUUUAUAUGUUUAUACAAGAAGUUGGCUUUUCCAACACAACAUUAGGGCCAUUUACGUUUUGGCUAUUUCCUCAAGAAGAUAUGUCCAGCUCGCAAAAUUGACAGAACCUGUAGGUCGAGGCACGAGGAGGUAAUAUAUUUUGAUGCUGAAAACGGCACAUUCAUUCUUGUAUGUAUAUAUGUUAUGUCUUGAUAUUUUACAGCAUGAAAGUUUUAAAUUCAUCUUUAUUUUCUGUUGCAGGAGGUUGUAGUAUAUAGCCCAAUGUUAAGAGUUAACAAAGUGUAGUGUCAUUUAUGUUGUAAUUUUGAAGUCAUAAAGAUACCGGUUUAUUAUUGUGGCGAAACUUUGUUGUUGUAUAGUAGAAUCUGUUUUGUUAAGGUCUGUAUUUGUGAUUAUAAUCGAAUCUCCCGCUCCCGGUAUUAUUUCCACACGUUCCGUGGAUGAGCCUCUUCAAA